AUGGCGUUGUAUCUACUCUAUGAAGCUACAUCUGGUUAUGCUUUGAUUCGAGCAUAUGGCAUAGAUGACAUAGGAAGAAACACCGAAGCUGUUAGGAAUUCAGUAACUGAUAUUAAUAGGUUUAGUGAAGUUGUACAGAUUGUUGCUUUUUCACCAUUUGAUUCUGCUUUAGAUGCGCUUAACCAGUAUAACGCUGUCUCUGAAGGGAUUAUGACCGAAGAGUUGAGAAACUUUUUGGAGUUAAAGUUACCCCAAGUUAGAAAAGGAGAGAAACCUGAUAUUAGUCUUGGAGUUGCCGAGCCAAAGAUUGGAUCACAAAUCUUUGAGGAAACUAAGAUUCCCUGCCAAAACGAUGAAUUCAUUCUUGAACUUCUCCGUGGUGUUCGCUUUCAUUACGAAACGUUGAUUAGCGAUUUUUACAAGUCUCCGCUUGCUGGGUUUUUGAAGGGCAGCAGAGCUACGGAGAAGGAAAAGUUCAAUGUCGACCAGGUUGAUGACAUGAUUUUUGAAGCUAUCUCCACACUUGACACGCUUGAUAAAGAUUUCAACUCGUCCUUGAUGGGACUCAGAUUGUGGUACUCUAGGCACUUCCCUGAACUUUUUGAUAUUGUAAACGACAACUAUCUUUACGCGGAAGUGGUAAAUUAUGUUGAAAACAAAUCUGAUCUUUCUGAGCACAAGAUCCCAAGAUUAAGUGAGAUACUUGGGGGUGAUGAAGACAAAGCAAAGGACAUUGUUGAAGCAGAGAAAGCAUCCAUGGGGGAAGAUUUGUCCCCGAUUGACUUGAUUCAUGUCAAGCAAGUUUCCCAGAAAGUGAUCGACCUCGCACAACACAAAAAGCAUGUACAUGAGUAUCUAGUAUAUCAGAUGAAUGACAUUGCGCCGGACUUGGCUUUUGUUAUUGGUGAAAUUGUUGGGGCUCGUCAUGCUGAGUGUUCUAUUAAUUCCCGCACUGACUGCUUUUCAGGGACAGAAAUUACUGUAUAUGGGGAGAAGCUACGUAGGCAGGUUGAAGAGAGACUGGGUUGUUAUGAUGUUGACAUGAUGAAAGCAGCGAUAGAUACAGAAGAUGGAGGUUCAGCAAAGAAGAGCAGCAACGAAACUGAGAUCAAAGGUGAGGUAGGGCUUAUUGAAGAGGAUAAACCAGCAGCUAAUGCAAUUAAUGGAGAUGCUGCAGAGGAGGAUAUGGGGAUUGAGAAGAAGAAGAAGAACAAGAAAAAGAAAAAGAACAAGAAAAAGAAGGAGAAGUGCACUAGCUCGUGUGUUCCUUACACCUUAACUAAACUAGCUUGUACAUUUUUUGUAACUGUUUUGCUGUCUCUUUUUGUGCUUUCCUUGCACUUUCGAUAA